UUUUACAGUAUUGACUGUGUUGGUGCCGUUGUUGUAAAUAUUGUUUAUUUUCGGGUUUUCCGCGUUUUUUUCGUAACUUUUAGUGUAUGUUGGGUGUUUCGGAGGGUGUGAAAAACUCGGUGCAAUGUUCAGAGUGCCAAAGGGCUAAUGGAGACAGCUGUAAUCCCGGUUAAAAUUCCGCCAUAGCAAAACGAAAGCCUCCUCUUGACAUGGCAAGGAUGGUUCGCCGCAGAGCGAGUGCCUUUAUCGAAUAAGCCAUGGAAAUAGAGGUAAAACAAAGGAAUAGAAGGCGAAAACGCGCUCGGCGUAUGCAGCAAGAAUUAAAAGAAACAAAUGCUAAUAAGGCAAAUCCCGACGAAAGCGAGACGGAAGAUGUCAUCCCCAAAAAACCUCCACGACCCCCUAAUCGCAGAAAAAAGCAAAAAGAUCUCCUCAAGGAACCACUCUGCGAAGAGGAUAUUGUCGACGGAUUUUCCAUAUUGCAGUUUCGUUCCUACGAAGACCUGGAGUUGGUGAUAAAAAUUUCUGCCAAGGACGGCAUUAAACGCCUGACGGAUGUUGAGAGGCCUAAACUCGAACCAAAAGCACACAUUACCAACCAUAUUUUGGUUCACAACAAUCACAAUGGGUUGACAUUGACUCAGGAUCCGGCAACCAGUGAUGACAGCGGUCGCGCGUCCGAAAGACUUACCGGGUCGUCGGUGGUGUCGAUAGCACCUCGCGAAAGGGAUGCGGACAGCUCCCGGGAUCGGUUAAGUGACGCGAGCAGUAGAUGCAGCUCAGGCAAAGGAUAUAUCUGUGAUAGUGAGGGCGAAGAUGAUAAGUGCUCCGACGCCAGCUCCGUGAUCUUCCCCUCGGCGCCGUCGGCGCGCAAGCACGAAUUCCCUGGGGCGCUGCCCCCCGGCCUGCCCCACCAAGGGCUGCCACAUGCACAGGGCGGCAGUCCGGUACCGGCACCCACGCCGCCCAACCUGCCAGCACCUUCGCCCGCGCCCGCCCAACAGCCGCCUCAUCAUCCGCCGCAAGCUAUACAGUCGGCGGCUGUGGCACCCGCCUUGGGCGACGCUACUGCCGUCCAGUCGGGACCCACGGGGGCGGCGGUGGCUGUCGGGGCGGCUGGCAAGCCGGAACUGGGCGCCAAAGUACCGCCUUCUGGUGGUGGACAAGAUCCUGGUCCACCGACAACUCUCACCGCCUCGAUCGCGCCCGCUGCCGCCGCCGUCGCUCCUCAACCACCUCCUCCACCGCUCUCUUCCAUGCCGCCGGCAGCCGCCCCCAUCGCUCCACCGGCUGCCGCCCCUUCCGCUCUCCACCCGGCCGCCUCCUUGGACCCCGCGGGACACGCGGUGGGCAGGACGGACAGUCCGGCCGUGGCCACAUCUGCCAACGCGGCCGUGGCUCCCAGUCCCGGACAGUAUCAUCAUUCAUUCCAGCCGCUGUAUGCGCCCUACGCCCAUACGACGACACCCUCUUACCCCAGUUCCGUCCCCUAUCUGACGACGACGACGACGACACCGACAACGUUGCCGCAACAGCCGCCGCCUCCCGUAAUCGCCCAGCCGCAACCGGCCGCCCAGCCGCACAACGUCGCCCACAAUGCCGCGCCGCCGACUUCCGUCGCGCCCGCACCGGUUCACCAUCCGGAACCGCCCAAAAGGGCGCUCAGUCCGCCGAAGGUGUCGAUGAGCCCUCGAGGCGACGCGGUUAGAGAAAGAGAAAGCUACAGCGUUACAUCUUUAAGCCGAAGUAGCGUACCAACCUCCACGUCAGUUCAGAGUCAUCCAACACUACCCCAACCGCCUACGACGGUAUCUUCUAGUCUAACAGCUCCAUCGGUAGCUGCUCCGUUGUCUUUGGCUAAACCAUGGGCUGCACCAGCAACGGUGGCACCAACCACUGCCCCGUUAACAACGAGGCUCAGCCCGGCACCUCCAAGACCAGCGCCUCCGAUGCAUACAAACACCUAUCCUUCAUCAGGAGCGCCGCCAUUGUUUGCACCACCGUCAUUGGCUCCGCCAAGAGUUUCGACGGCCAGCCCGUUGACAUCUUCUGCCACAACCACGACGAAUCCCAACCCAUUUUCAGCGGAAAGUCUUUUUCAAACGAAGAAACAUCCAUUUCCAGACCAAACGGAUAUGUUACGCAGAGAAUUGGACAAUCGGUUUUUGGCCUCUCAAGAUCGAGCUCUAGGAGUUCCUCCUUCACCAUACCUACGAACAGAAAUGCACCAACAUCAACAUCACCAUACCCAUGUGCAUCAGCAUACAACGUCAUUACUGCCACCACCGUCGGCUUCUGCGUUAUUUUCUUCGCAGUUGCCAUUAUCGCCAAUGGACCGGCUGGCUAGAGGAGCUCAGAGCAGUUUUAAGGACAUUUCCAAGCUUGGCGGUGUCGAAUCUCCAUUCUAUAGACAAGGGUUGGGAGUUCCAGGUUAUCCAGGGUACAAUCCGGGGUUAAUGGGUCAUCCAGGUUUGACGACUGGACCUACUCCAUUUGUUCCUCCAAAUCAUCUACCCACGUUCCAACCAAAGUCGCUGACACCCCAUGAUCCCACGAAGCCCAAAGUGAUGAAAACUGGCAAAUGGAAUGCUAUGCACGUUCGUGUCGCAUGGGAGAUCUACCACCACCAGCAGAAGAGCGGCGACGCAAAGGGAGCACUGACAGCUGUGGCCUCCAAACCGGGAGUGCACCCUGCAUCGGACUUGCUAAGGGCCCCGUCGCACCUAUUCUCUCCAGGAAUUCACGCGAGACCUCCGGAGCUGGCACCUUACCCACCAUCAGCCUUAAGCGGGCACAGACCCGUGGGUUUCGAUCAGCCACCCCAUCAUGCGGGAGCAUUGUUCGGACCACCUCCUGGUCAUUUAGGUAAAUCUCCAUUUGCUGGUUCCUCGAUGUCACCGUUCACUAGGUACGCAACGGGGCCGCUAGGAGCGUCUGCUGCAUCACCCUUUGGAGUGUCACCAUUCGCGACAUCAAGAGAUGCAGCGCACCUUGGUCUGGGGCCUCUACAUCACGAUCCAUGGCGGAUGCAAAGGACGAUAGCGGGAUUUCCUUCCGCGGUGAACGCUCUUCCACCAACCCUACCUGGGUUACCACCACCAGCUCCAUGGACGAUAAAACCAGAUCCAGUACUGGAACAAAGAGAGCGUGAAGCAAGAGAAGAGCGGGAACGCGAGAGACAACGGAGAGAAAGAGAAGAACGGGAAAGGCGAGAAAGAGAAGAGAAACAGAGACGUCUUGAACAACAGCAACAGCAAGAAAGAGAACGCGAACGUAGAGAGAAAGAACGACGCGAAAUGGAGAGGCGCGAGAACGAAAGAAGGGAGAGAGAAAGAGAGAUGAUGUUACACCAGCAGCGACUGGCAGCUGCCGAAUCUGCGGCCAAACAAGCGUUACCCCCGCCCGUUAUCAGGGACAGAUCGCCCUUAAGAAACGGACAGCCUGAAGUCAGCGAUAUAAGGGUUAAGGAAGAGCCGAGAGUGAAAGAAGAAGACCUAAUGGUCAGAGCAGAUCCAAGGUACCAUCCAUACUUACGCCAUCCCGGUACACUGCAGGGUCCUCCUUCGGCCCUGGAUCGGUCUCGAAUGUUGGCGCACGCGUUGCCUCCUCACUAUCCACCUCCGGCCACCCAUUGGCCUCCUACCACCAUCGCGUCGGAUCCCUAUUACCGCUACGGGUACAAUCCCCUGAUGGAAACAAUGAGACCGUUGGACGAGAGAGCUGCGUUUUAUGGAGCUGCAUAUGGUCCCCCAGCUCAUCACCCGUCACAGUUGAGGCCAAAAGACCCAUCGUUACUGCACUUGAGAGGUGGCCCUGGCCCACCACCUUCUGUUCAUAAAAUGAGCGCCACCCCACCCACAGAUCUUCAUAAAAAGGAGGAGCCCCGAUAGCGACUGAACAGUGGGGUGAACACUUCCCAGAACAAUACGGGAGUGUUACCGUGAUAAGGUUGUUACUAUUACUACUAGCGUUAGAUUUUCUUUCCUUUUUUAUUUUGUUUUUCGAUGCUGCUCGAUCAAAACAAUCAACACUGUAUACUGUAUUAAGAGGACAUAAAUUAGAUUUGUUCCAGCAUAGCAGAGCUUGGUACUGUUACGCUUAUGCGCAAUAGAGAAAAUGCCCGUCAACGAGAGAAUCGUUUAGCCUUACGUUCCCACCGGAAUUGUAAUUGUUCUUUUCUUUUAUUUCUUUAUAAAUUGUCUGUUUUUAAUUUGCUUAUUCGUCAAGUUUUAUUUGGUAUUUAUCCUUUUUAUACAUCUAUAAAUAAGUAUUUUUAUAUUUUGAACUAAAUAUGAUGGAGUGACAAAGAGGGCAGUGAUAUUGAGUAUGUGGAUACCAAGAAGAUAAUUUGAAACUUUUGUUACAUAAAGCAAAGGUGAUUCUGUAUUAAUUAAAAAUAAAUAAAUUCAAUAUUCUGUAAAUAAAUCCAAUAAAAUACAAAAUUCGAGAUUUAUAUCGAAAACAUAUAAUAUAACCCACACUAACAAUUAAAAUUGGGUUUUGAAUUUAAUUCUAAAAUCAGUUCAAAAACCGUUUCGACCCACAUUUACUUGUAGUAUAGUAACAGGACUAUCCCAAGUUGACAUGCGUAGAAUUCCGAUUUGAUUCCCUAUUGCGCAUCUAAGAAUUUGUAUAUCAUCUUAUAGAGGGUGUUUUAAAAAACAUGUGCCAUCUCUCGUGGGGAGAUUCCUCAUGUAAAAAUAAAAUUUAUUUCUCAUAUCAAUAUAUGUAGGCCCUAUUCUGCUUUGUUUUGUAGCUACAGGGUGUGAAAGUCUUAAUAAUCUUUCGAUUUAUUAUAAUUUUCUUCCAAGUACUUUUAGUGAUUCGAAUGAAAUUU